CCAAGAUGGCGGCGGCGUUGGAGGCUCCGGGCCUGUGACCACAAAGAGGGAGCCGGGGGCCGGACGGGAGCGCGGCGGCGGCGGCUGAGGCCCAGGCCAGGCCCCCUCCCCUCAGCCUCCCGCCCGCCCGCCCGCCCUCCUCCGCCCUCCUCCGCCCUCCUCCGCCCUCCCGCCUGCCCCGCCCCCGCCGGCGGCGCCCCGCCCCUCCCCCAACCGCCCGACUAGCAUGGUGCGGCGGCCGCGCGCGCAGACAUGGGGGAGAAGCUGGAGCUGAGGCUCAAGUCGCCCGUGGGGGCUGAGCCCGCCGUCUACCCGUGGCCGCUGCCGGUCUACGACAAACACCACGAUGCUGCUCAUGAAAUCAUCGAGACCAUCCGGUGGGUCUGUGAAGAAAUCCCAGAUCUCAAGCUCGCUAUGGAGAAUUAUGUUUUAAUCGACUACGACACCAAAAGCUUCGAAAGCAUGCAGAGGCUCUGUGACAAGUACAACCGGGCCAUCGACAGCAUCCACCAGCUGUGGAAGGGCACCACGCAGCCCAUGAAGCUGAACACGCGGCCGUCCACGGGGCUCCUGCGCCACAUCCUGCAGCAGGUCUACAACCACUCGGUGACCGACCCCGAGAAACUCAACAACUACGAGCCCUUCUCCCCGGAGGUGUACGGGGAGACCUCCUUCGACCUGGUCGCCCAGAUGAUCGACGAGAUCAAGAUGACCGAGGACGACCUGUUUGUGGACCUGGGUAGCGGAGUGGGCCAGGUUGUGCUGCAGGUCGCCGCGGCUACCAACUGCAAACAUCACUAUGGUGUCGAGAAAGCUGACAUCCCGGCCAAGUACGCGGAGACCAUGGACCGAGAGUUCAGGAAGUGGAUGAAAUGGUAUGGAAAAAAGCAUGCAGAAUACACACUGGAGAGAGGAGAUUUCCUCUCGGAGGAGUGGAGAGAGCGGAUCGCCAACACGAGUGUUAUAUUUGUGAAUAACUUUGCCUUUGGUCCUGAGGUGGAUCACCAGCUGAAGGAGCGGUUCGCAAACAUGAAGGAAGGUGGCAGAAUUGUGUCCUCGAAGCCCUUUGCACCUCUGAACUUCAGAAUAAACAGUAGAAACUUGAGUGACAUCGGCACCAUCAUGCGUGUCGUGGAGCUGUCGCCGCUAAAAGGCUCAGUGUCGUGGACGGGGAAGCCGGUGUCUUACUACCUGCACACCAUCGACCGCACCAUACUUGAAAACUAUUUUUCUAGUCUGAAAAAUCCAAAACUCAGGGAGGAACAAGAGGCAGCUCGGCGCCGGCAGCAGCGGGAGAACAAGAGCAACACGACCACCCCCACCAAGGUGCCCGAGAGCAAGGCGGCCAUGCCCGCCGACACCCCCAUGGACUCUGGUGCUGAGGAAGAGAAAGCUGGGGCGACCGCUGUCAAGAAGCCGUCUCCCUCCAAGGCCCGGAAGAAGAAGCUGAACAAGAAGGGCCGGAAGAUGGCCGGCCGGAAGCGCGGACGUCCCAAGAAGAUGAGCACCGCCAACCCCGAGCGCAAGCCCAAGAAGACCCAGAGCGCACUGGACCUGCUGCACGCCCAGACCGUGUCGCGGGCGGCCUCACCCUCGCCGCAGGGCGCCCCCUACCAGCUACCUCCCAGCACGCAGCGGCGCCCCCCUGAGCAGCUGCUGCUGGCGCCCGCCCCGCCCGCCCUGCACAGGCUGCUAGAAUCCUUCAAGAUUCAGUACCUACAGUUCCUGGCAUACACAAAGACCCCUCAGUACAAGGCCAACCUGCAGCAGCUGCUGGACCAGGAGAAGGAGAAGAACGCCCGGUUGGUGGGCGCCGUGCAGCAGCUGUUCGGCCACUGCCAAGCUCAGAAGGAGGAGAUCAAGAGGCUUUUCCAGCAGAAACUGGAUGAGCUGGGAGUGAAGGCGCUGACCUACAACGACCUGAUCCAAGCGCAGAAGGAGAUCUCGGCUCACAACCAGCAGCUGAGGGAGCAGACGGAGCAGCUGGAGAAGGGCAACCGGGAGCUGAGGAGCCAGAGCCUGCGGCUGCUCCAGGCACGGUGCGAGGAGCUGAAGCUGGACUGGCCCACGCUGUCCCUGGAGGGCCUGUUGAAGGAGAAGCAGGCCCUGAAGAGCCAGAUCUCGGAGAAGCAGAGGCACUGCCUGGAGCUGCAGAUCAGCAUCGUGGAGCUGGAGAAGAGCCAGCGGCAGCAGGAGCUCCUGCAGCUCAAGUCCUGCGUGCCGCCCGACGACGCCCUGUCCCUGCACCUGCGUGGGAAGGGUGGCCUGGGCCGAGAGCAGGAGGCUGAGCCCGGCCGGCCACACCUGGAGCUGGACUGCGCCAGGUUCUCCCUGCCCCACUUGAGCAACAUGAGCCCAGAGCUGUCCAUGAACGGCCACGUGGCCGGCUACGAGCUCUGCAGCGCGCUGAGCCGGCCCUCGCCCAAGCAGAACACCCCCCAGUACCUGGCCUCCCCCCUGGACCAGGAGGUCGUGCCCUGCACCCCGAACCACAGUGGCCGGCCGAGGCUCGAGAAGUUGUCCGGCCUGGCCCUGCCCGACUACACCAGGCUCUCCCCUGCCAAGCUGGUGCUGCGGCGCCACCUGAGCCAGGACCACACAGCCAACAGCAGGGCGACCGCCAGCGAGCUGCACCCACGAGCUGAGCAUGCCAAGGAGAACGGCCUCCCGUACCAGAGCCCCGGCAUCGCCAAUGGCAUCAAACUGAGCCCGCAGGACCCUCGGCCCUCGUCCCCUGCGGCCUUGCAGAUGACGGGAGAGAAGGGUAGUGAGAAGCGGGAGCAGGCCGGCCCGGUGGUGUGUCUGCAGGGUUUGAAGGAGCGCACCUACGCCAGCAGUGGGGAGGCCAUCACCAGCCUGCCCGUCAGCAUCCCGCUCAGCACCGUGCAGCCUAGCAAGCUGCCAGUCAGCAUCCCUCUGGCCAGCGUGGUGCUGCCCAGCCGCGCCGAGAAGGUGAGAAGCACCCCCAGCCCUGUGCCGCAGGCCCGAGAGCCCUCGUCCACGCUGGAGAAGCAGAUGGGUGCUGGCGCCCACGGCUCCGGGGGCAGCGCUGCUGGGAGCAGAAGCCUCGCCCUGGCCCCCGCAGGCUUCGCCUACGCCGGCUCGGUGGCCAUCAGCGGGGCCCUGGCAGGCAGCCCGGCACCACUCGUCUCUGGAGCCGAGCCUCCCGCCCUGGACGAGUCCUCUAGCUCCGGAAGCCUCUUCGCCACUGUGGGGUCCCGCAGCUCCACCCCUCAGCAUCCCCCCCUGCUGGCGCAGCCCCGCAACUGCGGCUCGGCCUCGCCCGCCCCCCAGCUCUGCGCCAGUCCCCGGCUCGGCACCCAGGGCCCGCUCCCCGACGCCAGCAAAGGAGACCUGGCUUCUGAGGCUGGCUUCUCGGAUCCCGAGAGUGAAGCCAAGAGAAGGAUCGUCUUCACCAUCUCGACCGGCUCCAGCAGCGCCAAGCAGUCGCCUUCCAGCAAGCACAGCCCUCUGUCCUCGGGUGCCCGCGGUGACGGCGGCCAGAGCCACGGGCAGGACAGUCGCAAGAGGGGCAGGAGGAAGCGGGCGGCGGCAGGGACCCCCGGCCUCAGCUCGGGCGUGUCCCCCAAGCGCCGGGCCCUGCCGUCCGUCGCCGGCCUCUUCACCCAGUCUUCAGGGUCCCCCCUGAACCUCAACUCCAUGGUCAGCAACAUCAACCAGCCCUUGGAAAUCACGGCCAUCUCAUCCCCCGAGAGCUCCCUGAAGAGCUCGCCUGUCCCUUACCAGGACAACGACCAGCCGCCCGUGCUCAAGAAGGAGAAGCCCCUGAGCCAGACCAACGGGGCCCACUAUUCCCCACUGACCUCGGAUGAGGAGCAGGGCUCUGAGGACGAGCCCGGCAGUGCCAGAAUCGAGAGAAAAAUUGCAACAAUCUCCUUAGAAAGCAAAUCUCCUCCGAAAACCUUGGAAAAUGGUGGCGGCCUGGCGGGAAGGAAGGUGCCGGCCAGUGAGCCGGUCAACAGCAGCAAGUGGAAGUCCACCUUCUCGCCCAUCUCCGACCUCGGCCUGGCCAAGGCAGCCGACAGCCCGCUGCAGGCCGCCUCCGCUCUGAGCCACAACUCCCUGUUCGCUUUCCGGCCCGGCCUGGAGGAACCUGGCGCAGCUGACGCCAAGCUGGCUGCCCACCCCAGGAAGAGCUUCCCAGGCGCGCUGCCGGGAGCGGGCGGGCUGAGCCCCAGCAGCCAUCCCGCCAGCGGCUUCGCCCUGGGCGGGGGCCUGGCGGCCGACCUCAGUUUACACAGCUUCAGCGAUGGUGCUUCUCUCUCCCACAAGGCCCCCGAGGCGGCCGGCCUGGGCGCCCCCCUGAGCUUUCCCGGCCCGCGGGGCAAGGAGGGCAGCGCCGCAGAGCCUGGCCCCUUCGUGAACAAGAGGCAGCUGGACGGACUGGCCCCGAAGGGCGAGGGUGGCCCGCCUGUGUGCGGGCCCGCGGACAAGGCCUCAGCGACGCACGGCAAGGCGGGCAAGGGCCGCGACCGCGAGCCCGACGUCAAGAACGGCCACAACCUCUUCAUGGCCGCCGCUGCCGCCGCCGCCGCCGCUGCCGCCGCGCCCCCCGGGGGCCUCCUCAGCGGCCCGGGCCUUGCCCCAGCGGCGUCCUCGGCAGGGGGCACGGCCCCGUCCGCCCAGACCCACCGCCCCUUCCUGGGCGCCUUCGCCCCCGGCCCGCAGUUCGCGCUGGGCCCCAUGUCCCUGCAGGCCAACCUGGGCCCGUCCGUGCUGCAGUCCCUGUUCAGCUCUGUGCCCGCCGCCGGCCUGGUGCACGUCUCAACCGCCGCCACCAGACUGACCAACUCGCACGCCAUGGGCAGCUUCUCCUCUGGGGUGGCCGGCGGUGCAGUUGGAGGUGCCUUUAACCACGCGGUGCCUCCCGCCUCCGCUCAUCCGUUUGGAGCCAGUUUCGGCAGUGGGGCUGCAUGUCGCAGCGCCACGCUGAGCCUAACCCCGCUGCAGGCGGUGGCCAGCACCCCGGCCUCUUCCUUUCAGGCCCCGUCCCCUGCGGAGCCGAGGCCGCCCCCGCCCCCUCCGCACCUGGGCCGGCCCCCUCUGGGGCAGCCCGCCCUCCACGCCCCCCCCCCUCCUAACGCCGCCUUGCCUCCGCCCCCCGCGCUGCUCCCGGCUAACUCUGAGCCCGUGCUCCUGCAGAACCUCGCGUCCCUCCCAGCUAACCAAGCUUUCUUACCUGCCUCCUCUGCUGCCUCUGUGCCGCCUGCUAACGCCUCUCUGUCCAUCAAGCUCGCCUCACUUCCGCACAAGGUGUCCCGCCCCUCCUUCACGGUGCACCACCCGCCCCUGCCCGGGCUGGCCCUGGCCCAGGCCGCGCCCGUGAUCCCGCAGGCCAGCUCCACGGGGCCGCCCGCCGUGUGGGUUUCCCUUGGCAUGCCACCUCCGUAUGCCGCGCGCCUUGCGGGGGUUAAGCCGCGAUAAAGACCUUGCUUAGCUAGCAGUUCAUAUUCUGUAAGGUAACUAGGAUUUCUACCUCAACCGCGAGACUAUGCAAGGAUGGGGCGGGCUGGCGGCGCGGGCCCCCCCGCAGGACGGCGAGGACGGACGGAGGCCAGAGGACAGGCUCUACUGUGAAUCAGCGCCGCGCAGAGCUGCGGAGACGGCGCGCUGGGGCCUGGCUCCAGCCUGUACUGUCGAUAGUUUUAGAUAAAGUAUUUAUCGUUUUUUAAAAAGUAUAAACAAUUUUGACUUAUUUUAUUCCACCGAAGUCGUGAAGGCAACCUAUCGAGAGAUGUAGAUACUAUAUAUAUGAGAGAAUAUAUGUAAAGACAUCGCCGAAGGACCGGCCCACCGCGGAGACGCCGCCAGCUGGCCCGGUGCUAUCUCGUCGCCAGGCUCGCGCCUCCACGUGCUCUUGGUGCUGACUCUCGAGGUUGACCACGCCAACGCCAGGCCCUAGCACCUGGCGUGUUCAUUCCCGCCGCUCUUCCCAUACCAAAGGCGGCGUCUCCGGUGGAGGCCCGCCCCGCCAUCACUGUGAACGGCCUCGGCUCAGCCCUUGGGAUGGCGCCUUUGGCAUCGGAACGGCGGUCCUGCGCGGCAAGGCUGCGGUGGCGGAGCCUCGAGGAGGGGACCCGUUCUCAGUGGUGCUUGUGAGGAGGGUCUGGUACCCGACUCUGCUGCCUGCCUGGCUGGCUCGCUCGUGUGACAGGUGCAUUUGUACGUCUCCGCUCGCCCUGGGCUCCCGCCGCAGCCCCCCGCUGCAGGGUCGGCUCCUGUGGUGGCCGGGGCCGCAGGCGGGUUAGUCGUGGGUGCCUGCUGUGUCUACAGGGGAGUCACGCUGACAGGUGACAGUAUUUUACAGAGAGGUGAUGAAAAUUUAUAAAUUUCAUAGACGGACUUCAUUUAUUUUUAGACUGUAUGACGAAUACACAGUAAACUAAAGAGAAAAGGAAGAAAGGAAAGUGGGAGGAAACCCUCCCAUCUGUUCUAGUGCACAGCGGCGCUGGCCCAGGGCCCGCCUGCCCACCCUGCUGGGGUGACACCUGCCCCAUCUGAGCAGCCACAGUGGUGCUUGGGAAGGGAUGCGCUGGGGGUGGCCGGGCAGGAGGGCUGCUCCCUGAGGCUCCGAGAUGGCCGGUAGGGCUCUCGGUCCCUCGAGCACAGCACCUGUGACCGGUCCUGGGCCCCUGGGUGGAGCAAUGUUGUCUGUGUGCCUCCCGAGAAGCUCUCGGUCCCCCGAAAGGGCCGACAUCGGCCAAAGGUGCUGACAGCGGGCCUGGACCCAAGGUUGGGUGCCCCAGCGAGGGCUGAGCGUGGGCAGUCGGAGCCCCAUCCUCAGGUGCUUGCCCCCCAGGUGGCACCCAUCAAGGAGCGCGGGAGGGGGGGCCUCUGUGUGGCAGCCUAAUGUGAGCCUUCCCCGGCCUGGCCGACUCCACACACCCUCCAGAGGUGGACGCCACGGGCCCUCUGCCUGCCCGCGAGCAGGGUCAGUGUGGUGGCCGAGGCCCGGCCCCGCUUCCUGACCCCUGGGACGCAGGCCACAAGGGUCAGAGCGGGCCAGUGCGCUGCCUGCAGCCACCUCUACACCGUGCGGGGCAACAAUCAGGCUAGAGACGGAGCCUUCCUCCUGUGACUGCCCACCCUGCCCCCUUCCCCCCAGGUCGGUGCUCUCGGUGCACGAUGGUGCUGUCCUGACCCCCGGGCCCCGGCCUCUCCAAGAGGCUCCCCUCCCCGUGUCAGGAACACAGGGCUCCCGAGAAAGCUGCGGCACUGCCAGCGGAGUCCCCAUCUGAACAAAGGACACUGUACAAAACACUGCGUCACUUCGGGAGGACGACCGCGCCGCGUCUGUCCUCUGCACACACACGCAGGCACCAGGGGACGGACGACCCGCGCGGAGUCUGCCCCACAGCGGGGCCCAGCUCGGCCUCUCCACACCCACCCUCCGGUCCCAGCCUGAGCGCCGCCGCUGCCGCCAGCCACAGGAGUAGGGCGCCGACUGGCGUGCGUGGAGAGCGGCCCCGCGGGAGCCCCACCGCUGCUGCCGACGCGGGUGCUCCAGGUCUGACGGCUGCCGUCGCUUUGCUCAGGAAAACCUAACAACUAGGACAGCCUCCGGUCAGGGGGUGCGUCCUCUGUUCAGCUAUGAAUUGUGACCUAUUUAAGAACCCCCCCCCCACCCUUAUUUAUCCUGCCAGCCGGCCCGUCUACAGUUAGGACUGUUUGUUCUCAUUUACACAUCCAUCCACGCUGGCUCUCGCAUCCCUGCCUUGGUUUGUAACGCAGACGGGCUUUGCUUUCUUGUUCUGGUAGCCUGUGUUUCAGUUGGGGCGCUGGCUCCACCCCCUCUUCCCAAGGGAACCCCACUGCACUUGCGUUUCCAUCUCUAGACGCUGUAAUAAAAUACCUGUUUUCACUUGAA